ACGGUAUCCAUAUCUGUGUCCGUUCUGACCCUGAGCGCUAUUUCUGUGGAGAGAUGGUACGCCAUUUGUUAUCCGCUUGUAUUUAAAAGCACGAAAAAACGCGCCAAAAUAAUCAUCAGUGCAAUAUGGCUGUUUUCCAUAGCGGUGGCGGUUCCGGAUUUAAUUGUUGCCAAGCUACAUCCGUAUUUCAGUCCCGAGUUCACCAUUCUUCUGACGUCAUGCAAGCCUGGUUGGUCUAACGGUAGUCAAACUGUGUACCAAUUGGUCCUGUUGAUUGUGCUCUACGUUGUCCCCAUGGUCCUGAUGGGCUUCACGUACUCCCAUAUAGCUGUGGUACUAUGGAAAGGCAACAUUCCCGGCGCUGUGGAGACAGCUCGAAAACCGAUGAUGAAUAGUAAGAUGAAUAAAGCAGACGAGCAACUGGAAUCCAGGAAGAAGGCUGCCAGGAUGCUCAUCACAAUUGUCGUCAUCUUCGCCAUCUCAUAUUUCCCAGUUCAUCUUCUAAAUAUUCUCAGGUAUACGGAAGUACUGCUACAGUUACCGACCAACUUUGUUCUGGUGAUGGCGCUUAUAUCACACUGGUUACCAUACUUCAACAGCUCCAUCAACCCAGUUAUAUACAACUUCAUGAGUGCAAAGUUCAGAAAAGAAUUCCGCAUGGCUAUUAGCUGUGGCAUGUUGCAACAAAAGAGGCGUAUCCGGGGGCGUGGCCAGCCAACGAUGUCAAUCUACUCCAAUUCCACGACCACUCAACACUUCGUCGGACGCAACUACAGCCAAACAGAGCAGAUCACGUUGUCGAACUUUCAUGAUAAAAGUGAAACGGAAGCCUGGUGAAUCCUAACGCAAUGUAGUUGUGAAAGGUUUAAAUUACUUGCACGGAGAUAGUGGACAAAGUAAUAUAUGUAUCUUUAUCAUUAUAUAUAUAGAUAUCACCCGGAGUCACGUGUUGAAGAACUACGUAUAACCUGACCUCAUAAAUGGUAUAACUGUUAUGAUAUAUGUGAUAUAAGUCAUAAUUUGUGACGACUUAAUGUUACUUCAUAUGUUAGUGAUUUUUUAUUAAAUUGACGUCACACGCUAAUUAUUGAUGAUUAAAAUAAACUGUAGAUAUUCUUGUCAUAUGAUUGGUUGACAUUCAAACUUUGCAUAGCAUUGUAAUUAGUAUCUUGCUAAUUAUCAAUUGUACAAAGAGCUGUAGAGCUAGAACACGUAUUCCAUGUGGAAAGGAAAUACGAAAAUGGUAAAUGAAGAGUCGGUAAAAUAUUCGUGACAGACAAAGCAUCGGUGCUAUUUAGUAUAGUGUAUAAGCCCUUCUUGGCAGUCUCGUCAGUUCGCUUCUUAUUGUGUAGUAUAGCCUCCUCUGAAGACUGUGUGUUAGGUCGUGGGGCUAGCAUUAGAUCCGAUUUGCAAAGUUCAGUUUAUUUCAAAACCUGCACAAUUUUACUUCCGGGACAUAAUUCAUUAUAGGAUAGGCAAUCAUGAAUGCCUACCCCAUGUAAAGAUAUGUUUCUAUAUUGGGUGAGAAAGAUAUAUGUCGAUAUUUUACAUGCUUUCUUCAAUUACUGCCCUAUGACUGAUUUAUAUGAUGUCACUAGCAUGUACAGGACGUAUUUCUAUCAAACUCUAUCUCUAGUUCUUCUUCCUGCUAAUCAGGGUUUUGAAUCACGUGGUAUUUUUUUAUUCAAUUCUGAUAUGAUACCAAUAUGAAUGACUCUCUGAAUGCUGCGAAGUGAAUGGAGCUUCAUUCAGUUGAGUCCUGGUUGUGACAUAUUUACCAGUUAGUCAUUUUGGUGUUAAAUAUGUUAGAUUGUUGUCCAGUAAUGUUAAACCAAGUGAAAGUUGCUUAUUAGUAUGUUUAUGUACUGCAUAAAUCAUUUGUCAAAUAUAUUGUCUAGUAACCAAACAUUUAACUUCCUGCUUUGUUUUUCUCCUUUUAACAAACAACUUUUCUGUAACACAAACGUAUGCUUGAAAAAGUUAAGAACCAAAGCUUGCUUCCCGAACACGCAUCUUUGGCAACAGUCGAAAAACCACUGACAAACAGGAACUGAAACCUUCGCCAUAUUUGCCUGUAUAAAGCAGAGACGUCCACUGUCUUAAGGCCAGCAAUUAAGCCAACAUGAUUAAUCAAAUGUCGAAAGUCACCUUGGUGACGAACGCAUUUCAAGUUCCUUUUUUGUUUUUCUUGUUUUCUUGAAAAUUACUUCAUACAAAUCCGACGAUAAAUCGCGGAACUUCUUUGCAACGCAACAAUGGAAUUGUGAUGACAGAAUAGGAAGGUUUUACCAUAAAUGUCUGUCAGUAUACAAUAGUUAUUUCUAAUAAUUAUUGCUCCUUUCAUAAACAAAACAUUCAUCUAUUUUCGAUGAUUACCCAGAAACCAUUUUAAAUACAGGUAAAACUAUAUUUCAUAUUUAAUUAUAUGUAUUUAAAAAAAAAGUGUUUCGCUUGCUAAUAUAUCAAACAACUCUUAACGUAUUUCCAAUACAGAUAUUAAACUUUUAGAUAACGUUUACAAUCACAAGUCAAAAUUUGAAUAAUUUUGGGUAUUAAAGAGUCAGUUUGUUACCUGUUAUUGUUAUGUGAUAGAAGACCAGAACAUAGAAAAACACACGUGAGAUUUUGGGCUUGGAAACCAAAAUAAAGUGAGUGCGAGGUUCGAACUUUUACUGACAUUUCAUUGGUAUGUUGAUAUACUCCUGUGUGUGUUUGUGUGUGUUUACCAGUCCGUAGACUGUUGUACACCUGACAAGUUAAGACGUUCGAACAGUCGACAUACCCGCUGACAGAGAGAUGUUUACAUCGCAACUUCCUGUUUACCAGAGAUUGUUUCGGUGCGAAAAAUAAGUUUUGGAAAGAUCGUUGAUUGCAGAUUUAAACAUGGAUUUUAAAGCUGCUGAACCAUUGACAUGUUGCAUUUGAUCAUGUACAUUACAUAAAUAAAUGAAAAACAUAAAAUGUCUAGAGUAACUGUUAGCUUAACAACACAUGAACUUUUUAGUCACAAUAUGAAAGAAAUCGUGUUAAUUAAUGUUUAAAUAGAUACAUGAAAUUACAGGUCUAUCACUGGGUUUGCUUUAAUUAUACCCACUCUCUAAAAUACAACCAUAUACCUGUGGAAAUUUUAAAUUGCCAUUAUUAAAUAAUCAAAUGUUUUAAUCCUGCGUUUUUUUAGGAAUUAUAUUGGCCACAAUCAUAUAUGCAUCAGUCUCUACGCUACACUUCUAAUGUAGCAAUUGUAUUGGCAUCACAUAUUAUCAAUCAAAUACAGCUUGGUCCGAUCAAUAUUCGACUGCUUAUAACCUAAACAAAACAGAUGUUUACACAUCAAUAGAUUUGUAAUUUAACAAAGCAUAUAAAUACCGGAUAGUUGUUAGAAUACAUAAAUCUCGAAAUAAUAUUCAUGUGUAAAAUGUAUUGUAUCAAUAGCUUCCAUUACCACUCAGAGUACUGUUGGUUGUAAAGUAUCACAGAUAUUGUUAUCAAGUACCCGUAGCAGCUUCCUUAGCUUAAGUCAUAGUAAUUAUAAUUUGGAUCCAUAUGACUAAAGAACAUUAAAGUCAUUGUCAUUUUAUUGGUCCUCCAAAUACAAAUGCACACAUAAUCGCUAGAAGUACAUGUAGCGAGACGUCAUAGUUUCCUUCAUUAAGAAAUCCUAAUUAGUUUAAUGCUUGUAUUAUAUUUAUGCGUUAAUUAAGAAAUACAUUUUUCAACUUCAUUGGAAUGAUUGUUUGUUAGCCAGCUUAUAUUACAUGAAACUGAAUGUCCUCACCUUUUAGCAGUAUCAUUCCAAGAAAUAUAUGUGAGUUUUAUCGAAGCAGAUAGGACAGCAUCGUACAAUGUACAUGGGUUUUAUCGAAGCUAUUUUUUCAGUGUCAUGAAAUAUGGAAAGGUUUUACCGAAGUUGAUAUUUCAAUACCCUAAAAUGUACAUGAGUUUUAUUGAAGCUUAUCAAUCAGAAUCCUAAAAUGGACAUGGGUUUUAUCCGAGUUGAUAUUUCAGUCAAAUGAAAUGUACAUCUGAUAUACAGGAGCUUAAAUUUAGUAUAAUGAACUGUUCAUGGGUUUCAUCGAAACCUUUUUUUUCAGUAUCAUGCAAUGUCCAUGGGUAAUAUCGAAGCUGUUGUUUUAGGUUGAGGUAUUGUAUAUGUACGAAUAGUUUCUUUACCUUAACGUGAAUCAUUGGUGUUAUUCGACAGAAAGUGGUGUUACUUUUACAUGUUGUACAUGAAGUCAAAUAAAGCAUGUUUACGGUAA